AUGGCUUGUUACCCGUGGUCCCGGUUGAAUCAGCUUCAGCAACCCACGUUGGAAGCGUUUCACUUUAUGUAUGAUGCGAAUAUAUCGGUGGAGGUGCGGGAUCAGUUAGCAAAUUGGAGCAUAUCGCAAAUGGUCAACACACCGACUAAUCUCGACAACCCGAAGGCGAUCUGUGAUCAAAAUGCGGCUACAUUUUUAAAUCAACUCGUCAAAAAGGUGAUGCGAAUGGGAGCAAAGUAUUCCCCUGACAUCAGGAAUGACCUGAACAAGUCGGCCCACAUUUUACUAGAGCUCUUCUCAAGCAACCCGGUCUAUCUCUUCCAGCAAUUGAAGAAAUGUUUGGAACCAGAAUUUAUUCCUUACCCAUACCAAUUCAUCCUAUUAGCUGAUAUGGAGGUGAGAGCGGUGUUCGAGGAACUCCACCGACUGCAAGUUAUGGUACAUGAGAACGACGUCGAACUCAGCUACAUAAAAACGAAACACGAUUAUCUAGCACAGGAGCGGAAUGGGAUGCAGGAAUAUCGAGCACAGCUUAAUAUGAUGCUAGAUGAGAACAUACAAGUACAAAUGACAUAUCUGGCCGCCCUACGUCAAGACAAAUUCAACGAUGAUUUACAAAUCUUUUAUGGCAAACGAACAGCGCUGGUCAAAGCCUUUCGGCACAUCAUACUCAUGACGAGCCAGUUGCAGGACAAGAUCCUGAAUAAAUAUCUUUCACAAUGGAAAAUUAACCAACGGUUAGUUGGUAUCGGGACAUCGGCAAAUAUUGAGAACAAUCUGGACACCAUACAGUUAUGGUGCGAAAGUCUAGCAGAGAUCAUCUGGACCAUGAAGGUACAGUUAACGCAGACCAACAACACACAACUGGAAGGGUAUAACAAUCUAAUGGAAACACCAAAUCUAAUGACAGCGAUGAAAGAUGUAAAGAGUUUGUGCGAGACGCUUAUCUUCAAUUCAUUUAUCAUCGAAAAACAACCGCCUCAACUUAUGAAAAUCAACGGAGUUUUUACUGCAACCGCGCGCCUGCUCCUCGGUAAGACGUUGACUAUUAAGGCAAAUCUUCCACAAGUGACGGUGUCUGUCAUUUCCGAGCUUCAAGCACGUGAAAUUUAUGAAACAAAAAAAGCUGCUGAUUAUAGUAUUGGUGAAGUGACGAACAAUGUCAGCUUUUUGGAGUAUAACGAAGCUACUAGGCAGUUGUCAGCUAGAUUCACCAAAAUGCGCCUACAAAAGAUAACGCGCAUGAAUAAGCAGCGCAACAAAUGUGUGAUGGACGAGAAGUUUGCUUUAUUAUUUCAGUUAAGCUUGACUGCACAGCAUUGCGAUCUCGUUCUUCCAGUAUGGGCAAUGUCAUGUCCCGUUAUAGUUACCGUUCAUGCAUGCCAGGCUCAACAAGCUUGGGCAAACAUAAUUUGGGAUAAUGCGUUUGCCACAAUCGAUCGUACUCCGUUCAAUGUUCCAGAAGUAGUGUGUUGGAACUGGUUAGCCAAUGCACUCUGCGUAAAACUCAAUGGCACCAGUAGCCAUUCUAUGACAGUGGAUCAGAUACAUUUCCUAUGCGAAAAAGCAUUUGGACUCAAACAGCGAUUUCCGGCACCCGACGACCUUGCGAUCAUGUGGUCCCAGUUCUGCAAACAAAAUCUGCCUAGUAGUAAUUAUACGUUUUGGGAAUGGUUUUACCAGGUGAUGAAGCUGAUACAUGAGCACCUGCAAGAAUUCUGGUUGAACGGGAGAAUCAUCGGCUUCAUACGAAGGGAGCAGGCUGAGCAAUAUUUAACCAAAUGUCAACCAGGAACCUUCUUAUUGCGUUUUUCCGAAACGGUGGUUGGCGGUAUCUCGAUCGUCUUCGUCCAUGAAAGCAAUGAUGGGCAGCGCAAAAUAUUGCAUGUUCAACCUUUUACGGCAAAAGAGUUGUCCAUACUUUCGUUGGCUGAUCGUAUACUCGAUUUGGAUGAGCUCUACUAUCUGUACCCGGACAUACCGAAGCACUUGGCGUUUCAACGACAUGAAAUGAAGAGUAAGCCGAACCAUGAUACGAAUUAUGUCGCGUGGAAACUGCAAGCCACGCUGGUACUCCCAAGUGACGACCAUACGGCGAACAACCAAUCGUGUAACAACCAAUACCAGACGCCCACUACGAGUGAGUCCACCUGGUCAACCCACGACCCUUUGUCUUUCUUUGACCUUAAAAACAUUGCCUUGCUCUCACAUGACGUGUGA